AUGGGUGCAGCCUCAAAAUCUGAUUGCCUCGGCGACAUCAUUCGCCGACAUAAACCGGACUUGAAGCCUUUUGAACAGGCCUAUCGACAGAUACAUGAGAACGCCGAGCUGUCGGAACAAGAAAACAGCACCGCCCAGCACGUAGCAUCGGUUUUAGCUACCCUGAACUUUGAGGUCAUUCGGGGCAUUGGUGGCAAGGGAGUUGUUGGUAUUCUGCGCAACGGAAAAGGACAGACGGUCCUUCUGAGAGCCGAACUCGAUGGUCUUCCUAUCCAAGAAGAUACUGGGCUGCCCUAUGCCAGCAAGAAACGAAUGGCUGAUAGCUGGGGCCGAUAUCAGCCCACUAUGCACGCCUGCGGUCACGACAUGCAUAUGGCGUGUCUCAUGGCCGCAGCCAGUCUUCUCAACAACGCCAAGACCGAGUGGUCCGGAACCCUCAUUGCCCUAUUCCAGCCCAACGAAGAGCACACCGGCGGCGCCAAGGCUAUGGUAGAGGGUGGCUUAUACGACCGAGUUCCCGUCCCCGAUAUCAUCCUUGGCCAACAUAGUGGCCCGUUCCAGGCUGGGAACAUCAACAUUCGCGGAGGCCCUGUUCUCGUAUCUGCCGACACCAUGCAUAUCAAGAUCUAUUCGUCACUGGGCCAUCCCGCUAAUCCACAGAUCAACAUCGACCCCGUCAAGCUCGCCAGUAACAUCAUCGUUCAGCUGGACAGCCUGGUUGACGAAAUUGCGGGGGAUCAAUAUGCACAUGCAGGUGUGGAUGAAAUUCACGCAGGCUAUCCUGGACAGGAUUGGCUGUCCCAUGUCAACUUGACCUUGGACAUCAAGGCUUACGACGAUGCAAUUCGUGUAUCGCUACUUGAUCGCAUUGGUGACCUGAUUAGGGAGCAGUCGCAUAAGGCGGGGGUCAAACAGCUACCAGAAAUCUCGGUCAGCGCCCGCGCACCCUUGACCAACAACAGCCAGCCACAUGCAGCAGCCAUCCGCCAAUCAUUUUCUCACUUUUUUGGCAACGAGAGGCUGGGAGACACGCUCCCCAAACAUCCCUGCGAGGACUUUUCUCGUUUGGCCAUGGCGCAUAACCAACCCUACGUCUUCUGGUUUUUUGGUAGGGAAGAUGGGGCUCGAUUAGACGACGCUGUUCGCAACGACAAGUUCUUGGAUCAAAUCCCCAUCAAUCAUUCCCCGCGCAACGCUCCUCUCCUGCACCCCACGCUUCAGACCGGAAUGGAGGCCAUGGCAUUGGCAGCACUGACCUUCCUGGCGGCUGAUGCUGACUUGGGCCAACCGAGGGCUGCAAUUAUUAUAAUUGUCGAAGAUUAUUAUAAACAAGACCACUCUCGCUCUUUGCUGACCCGACUGAAAGGCGUCGGUAGUGCUAAUCUGUGGACAUUCUCGUGUACAAAGAAAGCAGCAGAGUCAGGGGAUCCAACUGUGUGGACAGUCCUGAGUGACUCCGGAUCAGAUUUGGCUAUUGCCCUACUCAAGCACGACAGCUUCCGGGGGCAUCAGAAUAACACAGAGGUCCUCAAAUGCCUGCAGGGGAUUGUACUUCUUGGUGUUCCUCAUAUCACAGAUCAGCAUUCAGACUUGUCUCAACGAUUGACUUGGCUGUUGCGCUCGAACAAGUCCCUCGAAAAAAAGGCUCCCGCUGCUGAGAGGUAUCUGGCGGUGGUAAGAAACAUUUCAAGCAGGUUUGAAGAGACAAGAUUGACUAUUCCGGUCAUAUCCGCAUGCGAGAAUAACCAGACAAAGAUUAAGAAGGGCCUUUUCAAAUCUUCCGAGAGGAUCCAGGUAAGCCGCCGCAAGGCGUCUGUCGCUCUACAUUGUGUUCGUUCGCACGCUUACAAUAAUGAGAUCCUGGGUGAGCCCCUGACAAAGACCUUCAUGAAAGGAGAAGGGGAAGUGCUCGCAUUGGAUACCGACUACUUCGGAAUUUUCAAUAUGGCUCCAGAGAGCAGGACCUGGAGGGGCAUCAAGGAGCUCAUCAACAAGUGUCGAGGUGCUGAGCUCAGUGAUAUAUCUUCGUCUGCCUCGAUUAAAUCCGAAAUCCAGGCAGAAACUCAGAGCUUUUCUAGUUAUGAAGAUGUCUCCAUUGCUAAAGAAUUAGAGAGGAGUACACCUUGCCCCGAAAUGCCCUGCCAUUUGAGAAACCCUCAUAGAAUCAACCCCAACUUUAUGGGGAGGGACGAUGUUCUACACCGAGUUGACGAGGCUCUUUUGCCCUCUAAGAGCCGCCGUCGUCGUACCUUUUCUCUCUGUGGGUUUGGUGGCAUUGGUAAGACUGAGAUUGCAGUCCACUAUGCCUUCACCAGGGAAAAGGCCUUUGAUGCAAUUUUUUGGGUAGAGGCAGAUCAGGCCACAAAACUAGGACGGAGUUUUGACUAUAUCGCCAAGGGAUUGGGUCUGAUCAAGACCGCCUCUGGUGUUGGCCAUAGUGAAAGUCGGCAGGCCGUUAUCGAGUGGCUGGAGGAUCCUCAAAUGAAGGUCAAGUCCUCUGGCAAUACCGACACUCCAGAAGAGGAUAAAGAGCCAUAUCUUGCAAACUGGCUCUUGAUAUUCGACAACGCGGAAUCUUCGACAGAUCUAGAGGAUUACUGGCCCAAAGGCCAUUAUGGGUCUAUCUUGAUAACCAGUCGUGAUCCUGAGUUUAUUUCAGUAUCUGAUCCUGCACGAAAAGAUGGCUUAACUUUGAUUUCCAUGACAAACGACGACUGCGCCCUGCUACUGCUGAAACUGGCACAACAACCGGUGACCGAAGAUAGUAAAGCUGACGCAAAAUUAUUGGCUGAAAAGAUACACCGGGUACCCCUUGCCAUCAGACAGCUAGCAGCGCUCAUACGCAAAGAGAAAAUCACAGUGGGCGAGUUUCUCCAGUACUAUGGUGGAAGCUCCUUGCUGUCAAAGUUGGACCAGGUCCAAGGAUACACGCUACAGGACCUGUACCGACUUACCAUUUCAACUGUUUGGCGCCUGGAAACAUUCAAGCCUGCGCAGACCAGCCUUCUUAACAAGAUGGCCAUGAUGGACCCUAGUCAGAUUGACGAAACCAUUCUCCAACGAGACGUCACUUGCAGUAGUAGCACAGAUGUGUUCCCACGAGGACUUGAUUUUGUCAAAACGCGGACGGAAUUACUUGCUACUUCUCUGAUCGAUCGUAACUCGGAGAUCAAAGCUUUAUCCACCCACCGCCUGGUGCAAGAGGUCACAAUGGACAAGAUGGAUCAUUCCUCUCUUGUGUACAACUAUAGCUUUGUUGCUGAGUUGCUCAGGAGCUCUUGGCAUUUCAAGCCGGAGAAAUUUGACCGAGAAGGGCAACGCAAUAUGGAUAACCUGACGCCACAUAUCAUAAAUCUUCAUGGUCUCAAGGUAGACUUUCACAGAGACUUUCCUGGACUCGAGAACCAAAGGGCGUUAGCUGUAUUAUUCCAAGAAUGUGCCUGGUAUUUGACUCAGCAUGGUCAUCAUCCAGACGCAGGGCCACUAUUCGACACAGCCCGAGACAUUUGUGAGAAAAAUCAGCCUGAGUUGGAUGAUGAGUUAGCUACAACUCUCUUUGCCAUGGCUCGGUGGGGCGUAGAAACAGGCGCUGAUGCCAACGAGGUGCUUUCGAUCAGCAGGGAGCUCCUCAAAGUCCGAGAGCAAAAGCACGGCAUAAACUGUAACUCUGACAAUGAGGUCAACUUGGGUGUCCUUAAGGAUCUCGCUACGGCACAUACAGGUAUGUCGCAAGCUCUUUUACUAUUAGAUAGAUACCAGGAGGCAUUUGAUUCUGCACAACGAUGCAUUGACCUGGAGGCAGUGUUGCCUGAAAUUGUCGAGGGCAAGGCCAUCAAUCAAUUUGCCAUGAUAUACCAGGCACUGGCUCUAUUUGGUCUUGAGAGAUAUGACGAGGCAGCCAAGUUGAUGGGUGAGAUCAUUGCUUUUCGGAAGAGACAAUUCGGUUCCGAAGACAAGAAUUCGAUCAAGCCUGGCCUCGCUCUCCAAGUCCUCGGACAGAUCUACUUCAGUCAAGGACGAUACGAAGAUAGCCGCAUCGUUAACGUCAAGGCACUGGAGAUUUACACAGCUGUAACGCACAACAAGUACUAUUAUAGGGCCGCCCAAGUAUCUCUUAAACUUGCUGAGUGCCAUGCGGCCCAUGGUCAGCCGGAAGCCGCGAGUCAAUACUUCGACCGUGCCAUCUCCACAUACCAACAUCACUCACACCUAAAGUCAGACUUGGCACGAGCCUACUUCAAGAAGGCUAUGUUUCAAGAUAGGUUGAAGCAUCGACUUGGUCUGGUUGUUGAUGAUGAAGAGGACGACCCAAGGAGAUUGGCAAUUGAGCUUUACAGUCAACUGACAGGUGAAACAGACCGGCAGAAAUUACACGCGGUCGGGGAAAAUGAUUUCAAUAAGCUUGUGCGAAUAUUCUCCAGGUAG